AUGCAUUCUCGAGCUUAUUUAUUGAUAAAACGUGACCUGUAUUUACUUGAUAACAAUCCCGUUGACGGCAUCGAUAUCGAACCUAUUUCUGAUGAAAAUCUUUUUGAUUUAACAUUAUUUCUCCGUCCAAGACAAGGUUCAAUGUGGUUUGGUUCGAUGUUUCGAAUAUUUUGUUCAUUUUACGAUACAUUCAAUGUUCAACCGCCAGUUCUUCAAUUUGAUCAAAUGCACAUUCCAUAUCAUCCAAAUGUUGAUCCAAUAACGGGCCGCGUUAAUGUGGCAACAAGUGAAAAAUGGAGUUCACGUUUCACAUUACGAUCGCUGCUUGACGAUUUAGUAAAUGCGUUUACGACGCCAGACGAAAAAGCUCUAAUUAAUUCUGACGCUAUGCGUAUGCUCAAAUAUCGUCCAAGUGAUUAUCAAGCUAUAAUACAUGAAUCAAUAAUAAAAAGUCAACAUUUAAUGGAUUCAAUCAAUGAGGAAAAAUCAAAUCUUGGUCGUUCGCCAGGUCUUUUACCAAAAGGAAAAGAGGCCAAUCGAGCACGUUUACGGACACCGGGAAUCGGUGCACGACGACAACGGAAUAAUCUAUCAUUUAAUCAACGAGUUUCAUUCGAAGAUUAUCUUAAUACAUGGAAAGGAAUAGCAACAUCGAAGCCGAAUCCAAACGAUGAAAAUUCUCUACUUAGUUAUUUAAGUUUACAACCAAAAUUACAAGCUCAACAUCUUGCAUUAAAUCCAAAUGAACUUGCUCGACAACUUGAUGAUCGAGCACUUCAAUUUGAGAGACUUAAGUAUGGUAGAUUAACAAACGAUGACAGUACUCGUAAGCUUGUUCAAUUUUCGCAAAUGAGUUUAGCUGAAAAUAAUCAACGACAACUUGUUGUUACAGAAGCGAAUAGUCGCGUUGAUGAGACGUCAAAUUAUGAAAAUAGUUUUCGAACAAAAGAAGAACCGAAUAUUGUUCAAAGUGAUGAAGUUGAUGAACUUUUACAAUGGACACAAUGUUUGCCCGAUGGCGAUGAAAUUACUGAGGAGAAAUGA